AUGUCGUCAUUGCCGCAAAACGGUGGACACCACCACUCGGCCUCGCUCCGGGAUGGGAAGGAUGCCCCCGCCGCUACUAACACCGCCUUUGAAAGCACCCCGUUGCUAGACCCUCGUCAGGAACGAAGGGUGUCUGCCACACCAACAUCAUCACCACAAGCAUUAUCAGCAAGGCAGCGGCUUUGGAACACCAUCUCCAAACGACUCGUUUUCUUGCAACGGGAUGAUGAGAAUGAGAGGUCGCCGUUGGAGAAGGAUCUGGUGCGGAGGUUGGAUGUCUUUCUGUUGACUUUUGGGUGCAUCUCGCAAGUGAUCAAAUACCUCGACCAAACCAACAUCAGUUCUGCCUACGUCUCUGGCAUGAAAGAAGACUUACAACUCAACGGCAAUGAGUUAAACUACUUCCUCACCUUCUUCAGCAUCUCCUACUGCCUCAUGCUCAUCCCCUCCCAAGUCAUCAUCACCUACGUCCGUCCCAGCUACUGGCUUCCCGGUCUCGAGAUCGGAUGGGGUUUCGUGACCGCUCUCAUUGCCUUCGCCCAGAAUGCCCACCAAGUCUACGCCUUGCGAGUCUUGCUCGGUUUAUGGCUCUUCAUAAUAAACGGCCUCCUAACCCUCCUAAUCGGAUUCACCGGCUUCUUCCUAAUCCCGGACUAUCCUAACUCCCCCAACCCGCGCUCCCUUUAUCAAACACCCGCCUAUUCCUCCCCUUCCUCCUCCUCUUCCUCCUCCACUUCCUCCACUUCCUCCUCCACUUCCUUCAUUUCCUCCCCUUCCUCCCUCUUGCCCAGAUUUGGCUGGCUCUCCCCAGCACACAUCCACCUCGCCAAACAACGCCUCACGCGGCACAACCGAACAGACUCCAAAAAGAUAACCUGGCGCGCCGCCAAGCGUACCUUCAGGUUAUGGAUCUCCUACUUCAUUCCGGCGCUGUAUAUUGCUUCGGUGCUGGCGCCGUAUGGGUACAAUUACUUUAAUCUUUUCUUGAAAGAACUGAAGAGAGAAGAUGGGACGACGCCGAGGUGGAGUGUUGAGGGGGUUAAUGCGAUUCCGAUUUUGGGAAAUGGGGUGAAUGUUGUUUUUGUUUGGAUUUGGGCGAUUUUAUCGGAUUUGUUGCAGACUCGGUGGACGUUGUUGGUUGCUCAAGGCGUGAUCGGACUGAUCCCAUGCAUCAUCAUGAGCGUCUGGACAUCUCAUCCGGACACCACACCGGUUUCUGCUGCUUACGCCAGCUAUUUCAUGACUUAUAUGAGUCUAGGAACUGCACCGUUGAUUAUGUCGUGGCUGUCUGAUAUACUGCCGCAGGACUCAGAGGCUCGCACUUUGAUAGUCGGCUACUCGAUAGCCGGAGUCUACGCCAUCCUGACUUGGUCUCAGGUUCUCAUAUGGCCGGCUUCGCAGGCUCCUUAUUACCACUAUGCCUGGCAGAUAUCCAUCGUGCUUUGGAUACUCGUCAUCAUCAUGUGUUGGAUGCUGAAUAUUAUCGAUACCGGAACGUCUCGCAGCAAAAAGCCGAGCCUCCCGCCAGGGUCUACUCUCUUCAACCGAGACCCCAAACGACGACAAUGA